GACAGCAUAAGCAUGACUCUUCCACACCACAGUUACAGCCCACCUUCGUCAACCACCGCUCUUCACCCUGAAAAACCCCGAAAUAAUCUUUCCCUGCGAUUAUAAAAAUACAAUCUUUUUCAGUUUUCAUAAUUAUUAUCUGUAAUCAGAAUCAUUUGGUGGAAAAAACCGUGCGGUUGAAGCCAAUUUUGUCUUCAAGUCGUUGUGCUUUCACUAUCUGAUGAAACUCUGUGAAUCGUUAUUGUGACUCAGCGAUUCGCUUGUUUGACUCAUUCUGAAGCAACCCUUUUGCUAUUUCUGGUGAUGGGUCUUGGAUUCUUCUGUUGGAUUCACUGUGAUCAGCUGCUGGAACUGGAAACUGGGUUCUUGAAAUUCUUUUGAGGCAUGGUGUGUUUGGGGUUUGAUAUGGUUGAGGUUGAGGCUCAGAGGUUGGAGCUUUUGCUGGUUAAGAGGUGGGAAUUGAGGAUUUUGUUGAAGGUUGGGUUCGUGUGGUGGGUGUUUCUGUUGUUUGUUAGUCCUGUGGUGGGUCUGAGACCAUUGAGGGACAGAACUAACUCGUGGGGUGAUGAGUGGAUUUUUGCAGGAAAAGAUGAAAGUGACGUAGGUCCAUUUUCACAAUGGAACAUAACCGGAACUUAUAGAGGGACUUGGAAGUUUUUAGAUACCACAAACGGCUCUUCCAGAUUUUCAGAAAUCAGAAAAAUAAAUGGAAAUUCUGUAAUUGAAUUAGUCAGUACGCCCACAAAGAUAACUGGUGUACAUUAUGUGCAGGGAGUAAUUAUAUUCCAUGAUGUGUUUGACAAUGAAUACAAUGUUGGUGGUUCUCAAAUCAGAGUAGAAGGUGUAUAUAUAUGGCCAUUUAGACAACUUCGAAUGGUAGCGAACAGCGGAAAAGAGGGAGGGUUGAAUCAGGAUGGAGAUUAUAUAUUAUCCAAUCCGUAUCAUCUGCUUGGUGUUUUCUCAUCCCAAGUAUUCCAAGAAUCUUCUCGACAUAAGAUGUGGAGAAGAAAGCAUUCUCCAUUUCAUGGCAUGGACAAACACUGUAAUGUAGAAAUUGCUGCACGGGUUUCACGCUUGUCAUCUUCAAGACAUGAAGGGGAGCAUGAUUCUUUUCAGCUUGAAGGGUUAAUGGAAAGUCCUUCUGUGGAUGAUGAUGUAGAUUGCUUCUCACCUUUACAGUUAAAUGCAACAUCGAUUAACAUUGAAGUCUACUAUAGUAAAGCAGUGAACUAUACCUUGAUGGUUACUUUUGUCUCGUUCUUGCAAGUUCUUCUGUUGAUUCGGCAAAUGGAGCAUAGCAAUACCCAAUCUGGGGCUGCCAAGGUUUCAAUAAUAAUGAUUGGUCAGCAAGCUAUAGUGGAUGCUUAUCUUUGCCUUAUACAUCUUACAGCAGGAAUACUAGUUGAAUCCUUGUUUAAUGCUUUUGCAACUGCUGCAUUUUUCAAGUUUGUGGUUUUCUCAAUAUUUGAGAUGAGAUAUCUCCUUGCCAUCUGGAAGGCAAAUAGGCCUAUGACUAAUGGUGAAGGUUGGGAGACAAUGAGGCGUGAGCUUUCAGUUUUGUACAGCCGUUUCUAUGGGAUCUUGUUGGGAGGCAUUCUGCUAAUGUAUGAAUUUCAUAAUUACAUGAGACCUGUUCUUCUUCUCGUGUACUCCUUCUGGAUACCUCAAAUAAUCACCAAUGUUGUUCGUGACUCCCGCAAACCAUUGCAUCCUCAUUAUAUCUUAGGCAUAACUGUUACUCGCCUCGCGAUCCCAUUAUAUAUUUUUGGUUGUCCUAACAACUUCUUGCGCAUAGAACCGGAUCAGAGCUGGUGUGCUAGUUUGUCUGUAUUUGUUGGACUUCAAGCUAUAAUUCUCCUUCUUCAGCACUAUCUCGGGUCCCGUUGGUUCAUUCCUCAUCAGAUCCUACCUGAGAAAUACAGCUAUUAUAGGAGGUUUGCUCCAGAUACAAGCCAUGCCACAGACUGUGUUAUUUGCAUGACAGCCAUUGAUGUUACGCCGCGGUCAAAUGAUUGCAUGGUAACACCUUGUGAUCACUUUUUCCACUCUGGCUGUUUACAAAGAUGGAUGGAUAUAAAGAUGGAAUGCCCAACUUGCCGGCGCGCGCUUCCACCAGCAUGAAGAGAUUUCCUGUGUUUAUAUCAUUAGGAUCAACUGACAAUUUUGGUUGGGACAGAAUCUACAUUGGAUAUUGUUGCACCUUCAGUAAGAGGCUGAAGUACGACACUUCUCAUAAUUGUAUCAUGAAGCAUUUGUUUGUAGCUGAUUAUUAGUUCUUUUUUUCACUGGUUAUGUAUCAAUAAUCAUCAAUGCUGUACAUUAGAAAAUCUUUAAGAUAAUGUUUUGAAUUCCA